AGCGCCGAGUGCGGACGUGUUAGAACUUAACGCUCAACGAACCAAAGUUUCCCGCGCGAAAGUUUCCGAUCCAUUGCUGAACAAAGUGACUCAAUAUAAUUUUAUGACCGUGUUAAAGGAGUGUUUUAAAUACGUUUUUAUUAGUGCUCCCGUGUUCCGUGAUUAAAACUUGCUUGGCCGAAUUUUUUGAUGCACAUCACGAAAAGAAUUCCUUUGACGUCAGAACUCAAACUAAACUGAAUCGCCAAAGAAGUGGAAAGAAAAAUGUGAAGCUCACAUGUCCACCCACACUCUCGCACGCACAUGAUUUCAAUAGCGAAUUUCACGCACACGAAUACCCAAACACCGAUACAGUACAAUACAAACACAUAUAAAAAUGCCACACAAAACCCCCGCGACAAUCCCGAAAACUUAUUCGAGAGAUUCGAAUUUCAAAAUGCUACGUUCCCGAAUAAUUCGAUAUCGAAUUCAACGUUCGAAAUGUCGAAUAACUUUACCGAGUACGCUGAAAUACCGUAUUAUAUAAAGGCGACAUCGAUGACGUUUUGCAUAGUGAUAAUGUGCUUGGGCGUGAUAGGCAAUGUGAUGGUGCCCAUAGUGAUAUUAAAGACUAAGGACAUGAGGAACUCCACGAACAUUUUCCUGGUUAACUUAAGUAUAGCGGAUCUGAUGGUGUUGCUCGUCUGUACGCCGACUGUGCUGGUUGAAGUCAACUCGAAACCUGAGACGUGGGUGCUGGGGAAGGAAUUGUGUCUCGCAGUUCCAUUUGUGGAGCUGACGGUGGCGCACGCAUCAGUACUUACUAUAUUGGCGAUAAGCUUCGAAAGAUACUACGCGAUAUGCGAGCCGCUCCGAGCCGGAUACGUCUGCACGAAGACGCGUGCCACGCUUAUAUGCGCACUGGCGUGGUUCUUUGCAGCGUUAUUUACUAGUCCAAUCCUGGCAAUAGCUGAGAUGCACUCCGUGACGAGACAAGAUGGAACCUCAUACCAAUGUCUCACUCAAGCCGUCACUUUCUGGCAAAUCACAUUCUUUGUUAUGGUCAUCAUAAUCCUCUAUCUCCUGCCUUUAAUCAUCCUUAUUGUUCUGUAUACGGUUAUAGCUAAAAAUUUAAUAUCGGCCGCUUCUAAAGUAGUUCUAAAUAAGACUGUAGAUCCUUAUAAUACAAGAGCGAGAAAGCAAGUUAUCCUGAUGCUUGGUACAGUAGUUCUAUGCUUCUUCCUCUGUUUAAUGCCGUAUAGAGUACUUGCUCUUUGGAUUAUUAUAACACCAUCUGAACUAUCAGACAAUAUUAGCCCAGAAAAGUGGUACAAUUUACUUUAUUUUUCUAGAAUUAUGUUGUACAUAAACUCUGCUAUUAAUCCUAUCUUAUAUAACCUCAUGUCUUCUAAAUUUCGUAUUGGCUUUUGUAAAGUAUGCAUCUGCUACAAGAGAUCGUCGGAAAGAACCCAAAACAGACGUGCUCAUAGAACGGUAACUAAUGGUUCCACUACAAGCAGCAGUUUAUCGAGGACAACCAAUAGUCUUAAAAAGCUGUUUACACACAGAAGUAGUUUGGAUAGAAGCGAGACAGAAGCAGAUAGCAAAGAUGACAAAGAAGCAACGGCUAAACCCAAUAGAUUUUUCGAUAGAAUGUUUACAAGCAAACGAUUUGUUCGACAGCAAUCGGCACCAGUUUGUUCCAAUCCAAAAACGAAAGUCAUUACAAGAAUGAAAAGUGAAGGCAGUAUGCUCGAAUCAGAAGAUAAGAACAGAGAGUUCGGAGAUACCGCAAAAUUUAUAGGACAUUCCAAUAUUAGUGCUAAAAAUAGGUUGGAUAUUGAAUUGGAACAGUCCACUCGUAACCACGGAUCGCUGAGGCGUAGUGUUUUAAUAAAUAGUGCAAAAGCGAGGAGUGUGGAGGGCGACCCUAAUAAAAAGUUUGUGUCUUACCAAAAGAUAAAAGUUGAUUGCGUCGUCGGCUUCCAAAAGUCUAAGAGUGUGGAUUAUGAUUUUCCAGAGAGUUUCGUGUGAUUGAUAUAGUUUUGUAUAGAGAAAUUUAUCGUGUGAAGUUUAUUCAUAAAAUUGUUGAAUAAGGCAAAAUGGGAUUUUCUGAAGUUUUGCUUUCAUAUACGAACAGUUUUUUCUUAAUAUUUCUUUGUGUGGACCAAAUGAACAUCGAACGGUGUAUCAAUAUUAGUUGAAAUGUCGUUUAGUGAUUUUAAAGCCAUUACUGUGCCAAAUAAGUUUUAUACAAAGUUGAAUCGAGUAUAUAGUUUAAACGAAUGAUUUUGUAAAUAAAAUAUUUAUUCUUAGAGAAUUAUUGUGUAGUUACGAAGCCUGAUGUAAUGCCUAAAUUUAAAUAUACAAAUGUAUGAUGUUAAGGGAAUAAAUAAUUUUACCAUGACCAG